GUUCGAACCUCACGCACAGGAUCUACGAUAAGUAAAACAGAGAGUUGGCCAUUCAAAUUGCAAAUUGCUUGCCGAUCGCGAAGUUCAAGAAUCGUCGACAUUGGGAAACUUUGUCGGUUAAGACAGAGUCACAGAACUUCCUGCCUUUGUAUAAAUUCGAUUGGUAGAUCUAGAAUCGAUUUUGGGCUAGGGUUGUGCUGUGCACAGCUAGCAGCCUCAUGGCUUCCUGAUGGUUAAUUCGGUUAAGUACAUCAACCACCUUCCUGCCCGCCUUCCUUCGCUCUCCUACAUCUCCUCUCACCUAUCCUCUAGUUUCUCCUAGCUGAAUCUUGAACGCAAAAAGCCCUAUUCUCUGAUCUUGCCAUCUAAUCGAGAUGCCCUUUCCAUUCAAGUUGUUCCAGGGUUUCGAAAACAUUAUUGCAAUUCGUUCGAAGCGCCCUGAAAACCAAGGAAGCGCACAACGCAACUCGACAACCGCCGGCCAUGAGGGCGAUCCUUCUAUCCCUACAGGCCUCUCCAAUUCCGUUCCUGCACCAAUGCACUCUUCGAAUUCUGCCUCUCUUUCCGCAGUGUACCCUUGGGGUGCAUCCCCUGCCCACGAAGCUUUCGACAUUGCUCAGGUAGCUUUGCCUUUGGUACAGGCUUUUACGGGUGUAAUUCCACUUGUCGGUGCUCCGAUGAACGCGGCUAUUAGCGGGUUGUUGGGAAUUCUUCAAGCUAUAAAGAGAUGCGAUGAGAAUAAGGCGGCCUUAGACGACUUGACAUCGCGACUCCAUCGACUAUGCUGCCAUUUGUGCAACGCCCCACCUGCUCUGAAUCCUCUUGAACGUUCUCGGAGAGACAUUUUAGCUAGAAAGUUGGAAGACACCUCUUUCCGCCUGAAAAAGUUGCCAAAACGUCGUCUCGUGUACACGUCUGUCACACAAGCUAUCAUCGGAUGCUCAGCUGACAUCAACAAUUAUCUGAUGGAGUCUUUAUGGUCGUCUCAAAUGCAAAGUCAACGCGAAACACACGAACUGCUUAUAAUUGCACGGAGGCGGGAUGAGGGUCUUCAGAACAUCGAACAGUCCUUCGCAGCACUAUCUGUAUCGCCUUUACCUGGAAGCGUCGCGUCUGGCUGCGUGACGCUGGUAGACGCAACAGGCCGCCACCAAGCAAUAUCAGUGAACUUGUGCACCUCAUAUCAGCAACUCAAUUCCAUGCUCCGAGUCCUUUUUGAACGCGAUGCGGUCGAAGCCCAAAUUCAAAGGCGAUAUAUAGAAGAAGGAAAGUACGAUUUGUGCAUCGACGAGGGCAAGCAAGUGACCGCACUUACAAGCCACAAUUGGUCGAGCAUUGAACCAGGCACGAAGAUUGUGAUGAGGGUUACCAUUCAACAGAAGACGUCAUCACUAUCUGGAGUCGACUAUCGAUGUCAUUUUUGCGGCGCUGUGAAUCGCCUUGGUGCUAGAUCUGUGAAAUAUGAGUCUCGAGGGCGGACUGUUUGCUCGACUGAAUGUCAAGAAUGCAAACGAUGCUUCCAGAUCACCCGUGGUUUUGCGGACCCGAGAAAACUACUCUCUAACAGUGACUCCAGCCACAAGACUGACGCAGAAACGCUUCUUGUUCGCAACUUUCAUGUUCAGCAAAUUGUAUGUCAUCCUGGUACUUCGCUAGCAAUCUUGAGCUGAGAUCACGAUGUACCUCCCGCUCUCAGUCUUUGGUGCGUGAUCUGGUCUUUCUACCUUCUUAGGCGAUGCUGACGGUGCCACGGCCAUGUCCCGCUCUCAGUCUGUGCGUGAUCUGGUCUUUCUACCUUCUUAGGCCACGCUGACGGUGCCACGGCCAUGUCCCGCUCUCAG